AUGACAUACAACUUCAAUAAAUAGUUAAAUAUUACUGUUUAUUAAAUAGAUUUAACAAACCAAUCUAUUUAAAAGAUAAAUUCAUUAAGCGAUUCUAAUUGUUAUUCAUUUAAAAUAAUUUAAAAAUUUUCUUCUUUGUAAGAUGAAUUGGUUAAUAACUACUUUAUAGAUUAAAUUAUUAUUGUGGAAAACUUCAACAAUUUAAAGAUUUAUGAUUUAAAAUUAUCACUAAUUUACUAGUCAAAUUAGCUUUUAAUAUAAUAUAUACUAUAUACUAAUAGAGUUUCAAAUGAUGAUAAAACUUAUGUUCUAAUAGGAUAAAAUGAGUUUCUAUUGCUUAAUAUCUAAAAUAAUAAUUAAAUUUUCACCAAACUGGAUUUUCAAUAUAGGUAGGAAUCUCAAAUAUAUGAAGCAGAAUAAAAAAUAAAUGGAUAGAAUACUUUUUACUCUAUAAAAUUCUUUAGUGAUAAUAAAAUUUAUGAAUACAAUAUUAAUAUGUAGAGAAAUUUAACAAACAUUACUCGUAUAGACUAGAUGAAAAAUGUUUCUAAAUAUCCUUUUUUUAAAAAAAACAUAAGAAAGUCUUUAAAUUUUACAUUUAAUUACUUUUCUGGAGACUCUACUGGUUUAUUGCUUGCUUCUUUAUCUCCAAAAUCUAAAUUUACUCAAUUAAUUUAAAUUGGAUAAAAUUAUAUUUCAUAAAUUAUUCAAAUUUAAUAGCUAGGUAUAAUUUUAAAAAUGGAGUCUAGUAAAGAUUUAUCAUAUUUUGAUAUGUACACUAAUAAAGUAGUAUAAUUACCAAAUACAAAAGGCAAUUAGAAUAUUUUUAUAAAAUAAAACACAGUUAUUGUAUCUAAGAAAAGAGUUUAUAUUAAUAAUGAAUUAUAUGAUAAUCUAAUCCUUAUAGAUUUAUCAUAAAAUAAUGCAGUCCUUACUUUUUAAAAUAAAAUUUUUUUAAACGGAUUUAUUUAUGAUGAAAAUGAUCAAUUAAUAUAUGCUUAUGGGGAUAGCAUUUUAAUACUUAAUCUACAUCUCUAACUAGUUUAUACGAUCUAAGAUUAAAAAUACUAAUAAACAUCAUACUAAUAAUGUCAAACAUCUCAAGAUUAUUUAAUAUGUUUAUAAUAAUACUAACGUUAAGCUAAUAUCAAUGAGUAUGAAAUAUUUAUAUUCCAUAAAACCUUAAAAAAUUUUUAAAAAGUUUACCUUGGUUAAGUGUAGAAAAUGAUUUAUAUGGAUGUUGAUACAUAAUAUUAAAAUAUAUUUAUACGACAAGUUAAUUUGUAAAUCUACAGCUUUUAAGGUUAAUAUAAACAGGCAGUAUAAAAAUAAAUUGAAAAAUGCUUAUUUUAACCAUCUAUGAUGAUUUGUGAAUCUUAAAAAAAACUACUUUUAAUUGACAGGCUUAGUCUUGUUUUAACAGAGUUGGGUGUUCCUGAAGAUGAUUCCUCAUGCUUAAAAUAUAUUUAUAUUGACUUUUUAAAUUAUUUACUAUUUUAAACAACACUUUCAACUAACAAGAUCUCUGUUAAUUGA